GGAGAAAAGGAAGGAGGGAGAGGCUGGGCCGCCUGCUUUGCCCCGCUCCCGCUGGGACCCCCUCAGGCAGGAGCAUCCCCCGUUCCCUGCCCUGCCGAACAGGUGCAGGCGGCCCCCGCCCCUGCUCGGCCGACGGGCCCCGGGCGCUGCCCUCAGGGCUGAGGGGAGCCUGCCAGCUGCCAGCCCCGACCGCGCUGCCCAGAAGGGCGGCGGCUGGAACGGCGGAAGGGAAAUUAAUCCGUUUCAGUGGUGGUGGUGUCGGUGACAAGGACAAGCGCCCUUCUGCGCAAACCAUGCAGGAUGAUUUACUGAUGGACAAAAGCAAAGCCCAGCCCCAGCAGCAGCGGCAGCAGCAGCAGCAGCAAGAUCCAAACUCAGCAGAAGCCCCCUCAACGCCCAUCUCGUCGGAGACACCCAAACCAGAAGACAACAGUUCAGUGACUAGUAUCGGCACGUCGGCUCCUUCCCAAAAUAGCAAGGAGAAGAUGCAGAUGGAGUCUCCCAUUUUGCCUGGCUUGAGCUUUCACCAGCCUCAACAAGAACCUGCAGCCGGCACCUCCUUGUCUCCCUCGUUUGGCAGCACCUGGUCUACAGGGACCACAAACACGGUGGAUGAUAGCUUUUUCCAAGGGAUUACUCCAGUCAAUGGGACAAUGCUUUUCCAGAAUUUUCCACACCAUGUCAACCCUGUAUUUGGUGGCACUUUCUCACCUCAGAUUGGCCUAGCUCAGACACAACACCACCAACAUCAGCAGCAGCAGCAGCAAGCUCAGCAGCAGCAGCAGCAGCGGAGGUCACCUGUGAGUCCUAAUCAGGCACCUUUCGCCCAGAGAAAUGCUGCUUACAGCCAUCAGCCCAUCAUGACCAGCAAACCGUCUUCCUCCUCUGCCUCUUCUUCUUCCUCCUCCAGCUGGAAUAACCAUCAAAACGCGGCUUGGAGUACACCUUCCAACCCUUGGGGUGGGCUGCAGGCUGGUAGGGACCCUCGAAGGGCAGUUGGAGUGGGGGUUGGCGUGGGAGUGGGAGUCGGCGUGCCCUCCCCCCUCAAUCCCAUUUCACCCCUUAAAAAACCCUUCUCCAGCAAUGUCAUUGCCCCUCCGAAGUUCCCACGGGCUGCACCCUUAACCCCUAAAUCCUGGAUGGAAGACAACGCGUUCAGGACGGACAAUGGCAACAAUCUGUUGCCUUUUCAGGACCGGAAUAGGCCCUAUGACACUUUUAACUUGCACUCUUUGGAAAAUUCCUUAAUGGAUAUGAUAAGGACUGAUCAUGAGCCUCUGAAAGGUAAACACUACCCUCCCAGUGGCCCACCAAUGAGUUUCGCUGAUAUAAUGUGGAGGAAUCAUUUUACAGGGCGUAUGGGAAUAAACUUCCAUCAUCCAGGAACAGACAAUAUUAUGGCUCUUAAUACCAGGAGCUAUGGGCGGAGAAGAGGUCGGUCUUCACUCUUUCCUUUUGAAGAUGGCUUCCUAGAUGACAGCCAUGGUGAUCAGUCAUUGUCCUCGGGUCUCAGCUCUCCAACACGCUGUCAAAAUGGAGAAAGAGUGGAACGCUAUUCUAGAAAGGUGUUUGUUGGAGGUCUUCCUCCUGACAUUGAUGAAGAUGAGAUCACUGCCAGUUUUCGUAGGUUUGGACCUCUUGUGGUGGACUGGCCUCACAAAGCUGAAAGCAAGUCAUAUUUUCCACCUAAAGGUUACGCCUUUCUGCUGUUCCAGGAAGAAAGCUCUGUACAAGCUCUGAUAGAUGCCUGUCUGGAAGAAGAUGGAAAACUUUACCUAUGUGUGUCAAGUCCCACAAUCAAGGAUAAACCAGUGCAAAUUCGACCUUGGAACCUAAGUGACAGUGACUUUGUGAUGGAUGGGUCUCAGCCUUUGGAUCCAAGAAAAACAAUCUUUGUUGGAGGAGUUCCACGGCCUCUCCGAGCUGUUGAAUUGGCAAUGAUUAUGGACCGUUUGUAUGGAGGUGUCUGCUAUGCUGGCAUUGAUACAGACCCAGAGCUGAAGUACCCAAAAGGUGCUGGCAGAGUGGCUUUCUCCAACCAGCAGAGCUACAUUGCUGCUAUCAGUGCUCGCUUUGUCCAGCUCCAACACAAUGACAUUGAUAAACGGGUGGAAGUGAAGCCAUACGUGCUGGAUGAUCAGAUGUGUGACGAAUGCCAGGGCACUCGCUGUGGUGGAAAGUUUGCUCCAUUCUUUUGUGCCAAUGUUACCUGUUUGCAGUAUUACUGUGAAUACUGCUGGGCCAGCAUCCACUCCCGUGCAGGGCGGGAGUUCCACAAACCACUGGUAAAGGAGGGAGGUGACCGGCCCCGCCACGUCCCGUUCCGCUGGAGCUGAACCCCGGCCGCGCCCAGCAAGAAGUACUGGAGUAAAUAAAAUUGAGUGAAAAGAGAGCGCUGCCUCAGGGCUUAGUGUUCUGGAAAUCUGUGCAUUCGUCCUCGACUUUAAUGAAGAGAUGGGUCUUUUUAUUACUAUUAUUAUUAUUUACAGUCACAUUACUGAACUCAGUGUCCAGUAUAAUACAAACCGGCAGAGUGUAACUGUACUGAUUUUGCACUUUGAUUCACACAAACAUCUGCUUGGUACCUUAAUUUCCUACACAAGACUUGUCACUAGUGACAUUAUGUAGACUGCCAUUCUCAUCAGUCUUCACUGGGCUGAUGUGUAUGUGA